AUGGGAUCACGCUGGAGUGUUCGUGAGAAUGAAGAAUGUCCUUGCAGCUCCCUUUCUGUAAAAAUCAUAAGGAUGAAAAAUCUGAGAAAGGCAGAUCUGUUUAGUCAAACUGAUUGCUAUGUAAGCCUCUCCUUGCCCACUGCCUCCUCUGAGACUGUCCGGACCAAAACCAUCAAGAACUGCAAAGAUCCAGUGUGGAAUGAAACAUUUUGCUUCAGGAUCCAGAGCCAAGUAAAAAACAUCCUGGAGAUGAAAGUCUAUGAUGAAAAUGCAGUUACCAAAGAUGACCUCCUUUUCACUGUCCUCUUUGAUGUAGCUAAAAUCCAGCUUGGAGAAACCGUUCACUUGACUUUUCAGCUAAAUCCACAGACACAAGAGGUGCUGGAGGUGGAGUUUGCAUCAGAGACCAUUCCGGUUUCUCCUGAAAAGCUUGUCAAUAAUGGUGUAUUAGUGUCUCGUGAAAUUUCCUGCUUGGAAGUCCAGGUGGACAAUAGAUGGAUGAAGAGAGAAACUUCAGAAAAAGACUUCAUAUUUGCGGUGAAAGGAUCCUAUGAAGAGAGGCAGAAACUUUCACUGCGCUCUCCCUUCGAGCCCGCAGAGCCCAUUACAUUCCAUUGUAUGAAGUACAGUCGAUCAGAACUACGCGUUGCACUACCAGAGAAGAAGUCACAUUUCUGCUUGUGUACGUCAGGUGAAGAGAAAAGAGAUUGCAAUACAUCCCUUACUAUUCCUCUGAAUUCACUUCCCUUCAAGGAGAAAGUAGCAGUAGCCAAGGAUGAAACAAUCAAUUUACAAGUGAAGUCAAAUGACUGGACAAAAAAAUUAGAUGUUCGCUUGACGUUUGAUCUAUGUACGGAGGAAAAAAAAUUCCUACAGAAACGGAAGAAGUUUGUGGCUUCUGCUCUGAAAAAAGCCCUUCAUUUAGAGCAAGACCUACAGGACCAUGAGGUGCCAGUCGUAGCAGUCAUGACAACAGGGGGUGGCACCCGGGCACUGACAUCUUUGUUAGGCAACCUGUUGGGUCUUCAGAAGUUGGAUCUCUUAGAUGCUAUUUCAUACAUCACUGGUUCAUCUGGCUCAACGUGGACCUUGUCGCAUUUGUAUCAGAGCACUGACUGGUCACACAAGGAUCUGUCCAGGCUGACUAAUGAAAUCCGGAGGCACAUGACCAAGUGCAAGCUGAGCUGCUUUUCCUUGGAAAGCUUUAAGAACUAUGACAAGGAGUUAAAGCUGCGGAAGCAAGAGGGAUACCAGAUCUCUAGCGUUGAUUUGUGGGGGCUUUUACUGGAAAAAGCAUUAAAUGAUGGGAAAAAUGACCAUAAACUCUCAGAUGAGCGACAGGCAUUGGAUCGGGGUCAGAAUCCCCUACCUGUCUACAUGAUCCUCAAUAUCAAAGAAGACUACAGCCUUUCAGAGUUUAAAGAAUGGGUGGAGUUCACCCCUUAUGAGGUGGGAUUCUUAAAAUAUGGAGCCUUCAUUCAUGCAGAGGAUUUUGGCAGUGACUUCUUCAUGGGUCGCCUGAUGAAAAAGCUCCCCGAAUCAAGGAUCUGCUUCAUGCAAGGCCUGUGGAGCAAUGUCUUCUCCUAUAACCUGUUGGAUGCCUGGCAUUCGUCAGAUCUCUCAGAAAGAUUCUCACUGAGGUGCACCCAACCCAGAACUGUUGAUGUUGCAGUACAAGAGCCUUUCCUACCAGCAAGGAACCGUGAGUUGGAGACUUACUUAGUGACCCCUGAAUGUGGCAUCAUGAGUAUUGUUCGGCAGGUCUUGACAGAGCGGGUGAUGGUUUCAAAGUUCUGCAACUUCCUAAAGGGAUUCCAGAUGCACAAUGAAUACCUACAGAGCAAAAGCUUUUGUAUAUGGAAAGAUACCGUGCUAGACAAUUUUCCCAACCAGCUGACACAAACAGCAGAGUUCCUGUGCUUAGCAGACACAGCUGGAUACAUCGAUAUCAGCUACCCACCACUCAUGAGGCCAGAGAGGAAAGUGGAUGUUGUCCUACACUUAAACUAUUCUUCUGGAUCACAGACGUCGCCUUUGGAAGAAGCCUCUAAGUACUUCUUAAAACAGGGAAUCCCGUUUCCCAAAAUUCACCUGAGUGAAGAAGAAAAGAAGAAUCUAAAGGAGUGUUAUAUCUUUGAAGACAAAGAGACCCCCGAGGCCCCUAUAGUGAUAUUUUUCCCGCUGGUGAACGACUCGUUCAGGAAGUACAAAGAGCCAGGAGUGGAACGCAGCCUGGCUGAGAUGGCACAGGGUGACGUGGACGUUUCCAGUCUUUGUUCCCCUUACUGUAUAAACAGCUUUACCUACACGGAGGAGGAAUUUGACAAGCUGGUAAAACUGACCAGCUACAACAUUCAGAACAACAAACAUUUGAUUCUUCAGGCUUUGAGUUCAGCUAUAGAACAGAAAAAACAACAGACAAAAUAAAUGCAUUCCUCCAUGACUUUAAGCUCUCAUCUUCUUCAGUCUCCGACACUCACCUUCAAUGACUUCACCUUCCUUAGCGAUGAUGUGUCCUUCCCCCAGCAGUCUUUUCCAGGCUUUCACACCUCCAUGCAAUUUGCAGCCCUGGUUUAA